AUGUCGCAACCAAAGGCCGAGUUCAUCAAGGUAGCCAGUGGCGUGGCUGGAUUCCAGACGAUGCCUGUGGAGGAGGACAAACGCCUUCCCGAGUCCGCGAUAAGGGUCGAGUUGUGUGACGAGAAUGACGCGGAGAAAAUCGCAGAAGGUCUGUAUGCUUGCUUCCCGACCGCUUUCUGGGACAGGAAGGAGCCACUCGAAAUGCGUCCACCAGAGCACAGCACGCGAGUCAAGCGCAUGACAAAGCGCAUACUCCCUUCCCUCAGUCACCCGAAUAUGUUCUGGGUAAAAGCCGUGCUGGCCUCCUCUGGCGAGAUGAUCGGUGUAGCCGGCUGGAUGGGGCCGGGCAAUCCUGUCAUCCACAACCAUUUCGCCCGCAGCGCCGUCGACUUCUACGGCUGGAGAGAGAAGAUGGGCUGGUCGGACGAGGACCUCGACGAGAUAUGGUCGGGUGUUAGUGAAGAGCAAUGGAAUGGCAAGAUUGCCAAAGACGAUGCCCUUCGGAGGGAAGUAGUCGGCGACGAACCGCACUGG